AUAACAUGAAUUGAUGACAAUAUUUUUUUGUGAAAUGCUUUAGCAAGCAAAACGCCAUUGAACGAUACUCUAUGUAUACAAAAGAAAUUGCAACUUGGAAGAGUGAAAAGGAGCGACACAUGCAGGAAGUGGAGUUUUUAAGCUCAGACAAGUGCUUAUUCUAGUCUCCUAUAAACAAGUUGCCAAGGGGGCUCUCCAAAAUAUGAUUAUAAUACUUCAUCAAUUUGAGCAAAUCUUUCCAAGCAUUAAUCAAAUCCAUGCAAUCUUUUGUUUUAGCUAGAUUUUGUGGCUUGAUUCUUCGAUACAUAGGAUUUGAUUGCUCUAUAUAUAAUCUACAAUACAUCUUCAUUGCUCUCAUUAAACAGUUCACUUCAUGAGUUAAAAUCAAUUACUAGCCUACAGGUGCUAAUAGUACUUACGGUUUCCUCGAAAAAAUUUCGAAGCGCAGCACUCGAGGAUUGAAAGAGCAAAUAUGUUUAAGAAGAUUGAGUUCCUGGAAGUUUCUAAAAGGUUCAAUAUUGAUUUAAUGCUUAUGUCAUGUUACUUCACCUCAUCCUGAUGAGAGGAUUUCUAAAGUUUGAAAUUUUGACGUUGUACGGGAAGCUGUUGGGUCAAGGAUUGGGCCCAUGUUCUGUCAAGGAACUUCAAGAGAUUGGUGGCCAGCUGGAUCAGAGCUUGAAAAACAUUGGGGCAAGAAAGGUUUGCAACCUUUAGAUUUGCAUUUAGGCUAAAACUGAUUACAUUAAUGAAUCAAUACAUGAUUACAAGACUUCUACUUUUGAUGGAAAAUUAGCAUUUGAGUUACUAUCAAAUGAGCUUUUUGGCAUAUUUAUAGUGUGUCUGCACCUUUAUUGGACCCUCAUAGACAUACAGCAGCCACAUUUCCUCAAACUCGCCUCCUUAGGUUAUACUCAUGGAUAGAGCUGCAACCCACAUUACUUUAACCAUUUAUGUGGUCCAAGAUCUCCUCCAUGAUUUAGGAUUGCCGGGUUGGAGUCUCUAAGAUACCAUGUAAUAAAUUCAAUGUGCCAUCUACCUACAUGUAAGGGACUUUGGCUCGACGUUCCUCAUACCAUUGAUCUAAAUUUCUUUAGUGUACUAGAUUCUUCAUUGUGCCCUGCAUUUACCUACACACAAUUCUUAGACAAUACUUGAAAAUUGUGUUUGCUUGCAUGAAAGUACAUAGAGUAAGCAUCUUUUGUCCUAUAUCAUAGGCCCAGUUAUACGAGGAGCACAUAAAGGAACUAAAAGCAAAGGAGAGAAUAAUGUUAAAAGAAAAUGCGAAGUUAUGCCAAAAGAUGUGUUUUGUGUUAUGGUGGGAGGCUGUGGCAUCAACUACUAACCCAACAAAGGAAAGCAAUUUGGUUGCACCCAAAAUAACCAAUGCGUGGAGGUUGUGACAAAAUUGUUCAUUAGAUUGCCACAAAACCAUUAAUAUCAAUAAUCUGAAUUAUUUUAUGAAAUAAAUUAUUGUGUUGUCC